AAAAAGAAAAAUAAACAUAAAAAGAAUAAAUUCAUCGUUCAAAAAUCGCGAAGCGCUGGAAAUUAGAAAUUUAUAAGCAUGACCACUCGCGCAAUCGUUACCAUUUCCACUGAAUCUGAAGUUUCAAUCUGUCCGAACGUCCCGCAUUUCUCUCUAGCUGUGCUUGUGCGGUACUCUGGUGUUGCAUUGUUAUGUCAAAGCAUCAAUCUGAUACAGCUGACCAAGAUAAACUCGGACCUGAUACCUUCAGUUACUUCAAACGGGAAGUUAUAGAUUUGUUAUCUCAAGAGGAUAAUCUACCUUCUCCUCCCCAUGAUUCACAGAUAUCUGGAGCUUCACCUCCAUUUGGUGAUUCCAUAGGACCUAAUUUGUCUCACUUUAAAAAAGAAAAGCUGAAGACAUUGCUCAGGCAGAGUGUGGCUAUUCUUUCGAAAGAAGUAAAUGAGAUGCUCGAUCCUGCUCUAUCUACCCAGUGCUUGAAGUCAUAUUUGAGAUCCAAAAAGAAUUUGGAAAAUGUGGAAAAAAUAGCUAUGAAUGAUGUGGAGCAAGCUUCUUGUAAGAAACUCAAAUCCUUAUCCUCUUCAACCAGUCUACCUGCACAUGAGGGUUGUUCUAAUCUUGGGUGUACUUUGGUGAUAGAUGAUGAAUUGCAGUUUUUUCUAGAGAACAACGGCGAGCAGAUCGAAGACAUAGUGACAGAACUUUCAAAUGAUCUAUCUGGAGCACUAGGGCACAUGGAGCAACAGCUUGAGGAAAUUCUUGAUUCUGUACUAUCAAAUUGCAGGCCUAUGACUUUGAAGGAAAGGGAACAGCUUCAGAAAUUGGUUCAAGAGCUUCCAUCAGAAAAUCUUGGCCGUGUUGCAGAAAUAGUCAUCCAACAUAGUACCGAUGAAACAGAUUUGUCUGAUGGAAUCCAUAUUGAUUUGGAUAAAGAGAAUAACACCACUCUCUGGAGAUUGUAUUACUAUGUUAAAGCAGUUGAGAAAGCAAAGAAGCUGGCAUCAGGAUAACUGUUGAGCAACUACCACCUAACUUCAUCUUUUGAUUUUGUGGGUCCAAGAAUCUUUUUGAAGGAAGACAAUGCCUUCUUGCUCUCCUUUUAAGAAGUUUUGAAGGCUCUCAAAGUCCUUGUUAAAAUGUUCAUAAAUCCCUCUUUGUUUCCACGCUUUGGAGGUGGUUGGUGAUCUCUUCGCUUGAAAUCUGGUUGAUUUUGAGGCUAAAAGCACAUUUUUUGUUCAAACGAUUGCAGUUCCAACAUUUUCGACAGAUGAUGAAUCCUCCCUUUACCCUCAAUUGGAUUCCACAUUCUCCAGAAUUCAAUUGAAAUUUGUAAAUCAUUCAGAAUUUAGCUUUGUACUCUUUACAACUUUUAAGAACUUGAAUACGAACUGUGGCAGUUAUAAUUCCAGAAGUUAUGCUUCAGAAGA